AUUAUAAAAAAAAUAUUUAUAUCUUCAUAUUCUACAUUUAUUUAUAUGAAUUCUUAAAUUAAUUAUAUUAUCUACCUGAAGUGCUAAUUUCCUUUCACUUAUAUUAACAAAAUUUGUAAAAUGGACACACUACACAAUACUAUGGCCGGUAUGUUGGAGCAUUUUAACAAAACUAUGGCUGAUUUCAAGAGUCAGUUGGAGAAGGCAAGAAACACACCCACUACUAUAUCCUCACUGGAGUCAGACUUCGACACAUUCCGGAGUUUCAUUACCACAGCACUCACAAAUCUUCAGAAACAAGUGGAAUUGGUUGCUCGUCAACAAGAUCAGAUGGAGAUGCGUAGUCGACGCAAAAUCUUAUUGCUGCAUGGUGUCACCGAGUCUCAGAAGGAAAAUGUUGCCCAGGUAUUAUCAAAGGUUGUCAUUGAUAGGCUGCAAAUAGAUGACUUUUCAGCUGAUCAAAUCCGUCGCUGUAGCCGCCUUGGUCGCUCCAUUAAAGACAAACCUCGUCCCAUUCUUGUUAAGUUCCGCGAUUUGGAUAUUAAAGACGAAAUAUGGCACUCCAAGACUAAGCUCAAAGGUACCGGUAUUACUAUGUCCGAGUUUUUGACUGCAACUAGACACAGCGUUUUCAUGGCGGCGAGACAACUGUUUGGAAUAAAAAAGUGUUGGACACAGGACGGGUUCAUUAUCGUUGCUGGUGAAGAUGGAACAAGGCAUCGUAUAAGUAGCACCAACGAACUAAACCAGUUGAUGAGCCUGUCGCCACCCCCAGCAGUGCAUUCUGUUUCAACUCCUAAUAAUACAAAGGACUCUGGCGUCAUCACGACACGCUCAAAGCGCCAUAAAAAGUAGGAUAGUUCAUAGUUUUUUAUAGUCCAUAUUGAGUUUCCAUUAUGUUUGUACUAUUCACGAUCAUAGUUACUUUACUUUAUUUAUGUACCUCUAAAUCACACUUUAUUAAUUUACCGACAAAUUACUUUUAUUUUAUAAUUAUUUUGUAAACAGACAUGUCAAUCAAUUUUUUGCCAGCU